AUAGGUACCGGUAUCGUAUUCUGGUGGAUAACUCCGCUUUUUUCUUCUUAGUACGAGUAAAGUACGGUAUUUCUUUUUCUUCUCUUUUUCUUUUUCCCUGUUAUGAUGACACCGGUACCGGUAUUAUCAUCCAACAAGCUUUUGUCGAUCUUUGACGCUUUCGCCGGGAGUUCCCAGCCAACGAUUUGGUUCCAUCUCUCUCCUCUUUCCCUCUCUUUCCCUCUCUCUCCCUCCUUCUCCUCUGCCUUUUCCUCUUUCCGGUCCUAGUUCAGUGGGUGUUCGUGGCGGCUUAGUGUGCUGGUUGGUGGAUGCUGUCUUGCUCAUGUCAUGUUUGGAAUGCUGUUCGGUGCGGUGCGGCUGGCUGAUCGGCUGUGGCUCGUCGCACGGGGCGGGGGGUGAGGUGUGGGAAAUGGCUGAUGAGUGAUCAGGGAUUCAAUAAUGGGAGCUGCAUUUUUAUUCCAUCGUUGAAGUGCUGAGUGGAAGCUCAGAGUGCCAAGUACUAGUACGGUAAUGUAAGACCUCAUACGGUAGUCCAUGCUUGAAUUCUGCGAUACUUGUACCGGUAUUAUCCCCCCACCCAUGGUCCGGGCAGAAGCAGGGCGGGCAAGCAAGCAAGUAAGCAGGGGAAAGGUCGAGAGAGUGAGGUCCAUAAGAUCAGUGUCCACCAUGUCCCUGUCACUCGCUUUCCGAUGUUUUCUUUUUUUGUGUGAGGGAGAGGGACCCGCAGCUGACCCCACCGAUGUUUUGUCUGCAGCCGUCUCAUUGGGCAAUCCGGAUUCCUGGUUGGGGUGGCCGCUGUCACACCCCGUUACUCGAGCAGCCUAUUUUAGAAGGUUGGUUGGCUUAAUUGUUGGCUGGGAGGGUCUGGGGGGAGAAUGGCCUCACUUUGGUCAGAAUGCAUUUUACUCUGUCGCUGUUAUCUGCCCUUCCCCAUUUUACAGUGCUGAGUGUGAUCUCUCGCCCUUCGGUACCGGUAUGUUAGCCGGUCAGUUGUCAUUUAUUUUUAUUUAUCUGGUUAUUUGUUAUCCUUUUCUUUUUUGUAAAGGUCAAGUUAUCGGUGAUAUGGUGAGUAACCGUGGCAUUCUAUCCGGCUUGCGCUUAAGAGCUUCUGGUGGGUAGGUACGGGCAAUUGUGAGGGUUUGGCCAGUGAAGCAUUCCUUCUCUCCUGUACCGGGUACUCGAGUACCGUAAUAGAGCAUCGUACCUGUCGUACCCCUAUGGAAGGUCGAGAGUAAAACAUGUAAGGAAGUGGGAAGGCGCCUUCACGACAGGAUUACUUUUAUUUUUAUGCUACGGAGAGGCCUGUACCUAUAGUUGAUUCAUGGAGGGUAACAUAUACCUAUGGCUCCCGUGCUGAAGCGUUUAUUGUUGUGUGUCGGAGUCUUGUCUCUUUCUUUGCCUGCUCCGCCGCCAGAGGGAACCAAGCCAUUUGUGUGGAGGACCGAACCGACUCUCUCUCUCUCUCUCUCUCUUUUCUUAUCUGUUUCUUCACUUUUUGCCUCUUACCGCUCGAGCCGAUCGCAUUUACUCUUGGUCUUUUCCUGUCCUUGUCCAUUGAUACCUUCCCCUCCCCUAUCCCUCCCUUCCCCUUCCCUUCCCUUCCCUUCCCUUUUAUCCAUUCCGCUCUUCUUCGAUUCUCACCCUGCCUGGGCAUUGCUUGCGUCUUGGGAGCUGUGAGGUUGCUUGUGUGUGUUGUUUGAAGGUGUUUGCGUUUUCCAGAGGGAGGGACUGGUCGUGAAAGGGGAAAAAGAGCGAGAACGAGCAAAAGUGGAAGAUAGUAUUCAGGCGGUGAUACUCCCGUGAUCGGGAUUUGGAGUCCCGUAAACGAACAAAGUGGAGAGGAUCUAGAGGGAAAGGUUCAUUGAAUUCCUUUCCUUUCUCUUCCCUGUUUGGCUGUCUGAAUUGUGGGCGUGGUCGUCGUUUUCCUGUUAACACGAGGGUUAAGUUUUCCUCAUUCGCACCUUCACCACCUCCCACCAACUUUCCCUUGUUCUCACUUCGCGUUCCUUCUCAUCUCUCACUCCACCUCCCCACCUCGACGCACCGCCUCCUCCUCCUCCUCCACCACCCGACCGAUCCGAUAGUCUCCCGAGUGGUCUCAAGGAUCGCCAACACUAGGGUGAAAUAAUUAUCGAAUUACCCAUCGUCACCUGUCAAUCAUCAACUACCCCCAUCCCUCCCUCCCUACCCGCCCAUCUCCCCUUCCUCCAUAUUAAUCCCAUCCGUCCUUUCUAUUCCCUUAUACAAAUUUUCCUUCUUCUCAUUUGUUUGAGGGCUGUCUCCCAUUUCCUCUCCUGUUGCUUGCCAUCUCAAGGUCGACGCCGCAUGGGAAUAUAGCAUUUUGCCCGAACCUCUCCUAAACCUGGCCAUUUCACAGCGUCGCUUGUAGCGAAUAUUUGUCACGCUCGCACAACUCGACCGUCAUGUCCUCGUCGCUAGCUGCCAUACCAACGCCUGCUCCCACACCAACCGGGAAUGGCGGUGGCAAUAACGGUCCUACAAGUUCUCCAUUAUUAUUCUUCGUUGCGUUGGGUUUCGGUGUUGUUUUCACGAAUUUAUGGUAUGCAUUCCCGUUCGUCGUGAACAUUUUUAUCAUACAGGCGAAUUCCCUCCGCCUACAAUGUGUAGCGUGUUGUCGUGACUGACCAGCGAAUUGUAUUCACCCUUAGGAUUAUUGUUGGUGUCAAAUACUGUUUCCGUUACAAUGCCCGACAGCGACGUCGGGCGAACGGUGAGGAGGAACCUGUCGAUCUUCAGACCAUGCCACGUCCUCAUCGUCGGCGAAGGGAGAAGAAACUUAUGACGAUGGACGAGGUCAACGAAAGGUUCCCGACUACAAAGUACAAAUCAUGGAGGGCGCACAGGGAACGUAUGGGAUUGCCAACCGAAGGGGGGAUUAAAACUGCUCCUAAUAGCAGACCUGCGAGUUUGAUGGAUGUCGAAGCUGCGACCUCUGCCGGUGCCAAUAAUGGGACCCCGGAUGCACUCACCAAGGAACUCACUCCCCCUCCUGCCGCUGAUAAGGAAACAUUGCUCACUCCUGCCCCAACCCUUUUCACUGAUAAAUCGGAAGCACCCGGGAUUGCACAAAAACAUCUGUCUGACAUCUCAGAACCGGUUAGGAGAAAGUGUGAGGAUGAUGAUGAUGAAGAGGAUGAGCAUGAUCAUGUUCAAACUGCUGUCCCUGAUGAGCUUCUUAAUUCUGUUGGGGAUUCUUGUGCGAUUUGCCUGGACACUAUUGAGGAUGACGAUGAUAUCCGCGGUUUAACAUGUGGACACGCUUUUCAUGCAGGAUGCCUCGAUCCAUGGCUUACUAGUAGGAAGGCUUGCUGUCCGCUGUGUAAGGCCGACUAUUAUGUACCUAAACCGAGGCCUGAGGGGGAAAACGCUGUGGAUGAUCAAUCUAGAUCUCAUCGACAUCGACGCAGUGCGAAUGGUUCCCCAACUCCACCUACUAAUGCUUACCUUGGACCACGACGUAUGUUCUUCUCGCCGGCCCGUAUAAUACCACCUUAUUAUACUGGCGGUGCUUCGGAUCGUCCUAGGGAUGUUUCAUCAGUGGCUGCCCAGCGUGGGUCAGAGGAUGGGCGGCCUGCCGGGGGUAGUCGUUGGAUGCGGAAUCCACUGCGGGGUGUUUCCUUGCCGUUUAGGGGGAGAAACAAUACCGCCGCUCCACCAACACCAUCUAACCUGGAGGCUGGUCUUCCCAAUAAUACAUCCUCCGCCGCAACUCCAUCGACCGGCGUACCCACACCAAAUCCAAUACAUGGAGUAGGAGCCCGUUAAGGAGGAUGGUGUCUUUUGUUUUUGUUUUGUUUUUUUUCCUCACGGGCAAUUUUAUUCUUAGCAACCCGGGCGUUUGGCUUUUUAAAUGACAAGCACGUUUUCACACAGUCGCAUGUUUCACGACUCCCUUCGACCUCACCAAAUAACCUCACCAACACCUAGCCAACAACAACCACGAUAGCUCUUCUCAAUGUCUUGUCGGAUAGCUGAAUCAUCACCCAGCUGCUUGGGCUUGAACCCGUCCCGCUCAGUUUUUUUCUCUUGCCGGCGUUCUCUUUUCACCUUUCCUCUUAGUUUGUGUAUAGGAGCUUGGGGUUUUCCUCCUUUUUUUUCUGCCCCCCCGUCGACAAACAAACAAGCACCUUGUUUCACGCUUGUUGGUCUGUAUAAAGAUUGAAAUGCAGUGGAUAUUUUCUGUGAGGACUUUGCCGUCCUCAUGCUGGAUAACCCAUUUUAUCUGUCGUCAUUGUAGCUUACACUAUCCGCGAUAACGUCGGAAUGGAUUACUGGAUGGAUGGGCGGACGAGCAGAUGGAAUUUAUUUUUUCUUCUGUCCAGUACUGCGGGAAACGGAUAGAUAGGAGGCUGAAGGGGGGCCAUCUUUUUCUUGUUUCUUUUCUUCGUGCUUAUUAUUUGGUGAGGCGUGGAGGGGGGGGCGGAAUCUAGCAUCUGUUAGUAGGGGGGAAGGGGGAAGGGCUUUAUUAGUCUUUAACUACCUUUCCUUUCCUUUACUUAUUUAUUCAUCAUGGGUGGAGUACUGUAGUUGAUGCAUUCUUCCCUCUUGUAUGUCUCAUCAUCUACUGUUUUCAUACUCUUUUCCUUUUCUCAUUACAGCAAUGGGAGUACGAUGGGGCUAUGAUGUUGUGUCUAUUCCAACCGGGCUGCUGGGUAAUUACUGCCUUGGGGGUCUUGUAUAACAUCCUUUUCCUCUUUCUUUUUCUUUUUCUUCCCUUCUCUCCUUUCUGGAUUACGCUUAAUCCCUUGUCCCGUGCAGAGAUGGAGAGAUGGGGUAAGGUAUGGUACAACGCUGCAGUAAAAAAGUGAGAUUCGGAUAAGUGCAGUGCGACUGGCAUAGACUAUAACGAAGAGUCUGGUGCUUUGCAGUGUAAUAGUUGACCGGUAGUGUACAGUCGCACCCCGUUGUCCCGGAUGGCCAAAGUCCUAAGAAUCCGUCCAGGACAGCGAGUUAUCCGGGACAACAGGUUCGGUUGUGGUGUAAAGAAAUAUAAUUCAUAGAAAUUCAUCCGGGACAUUGAAGAAUCCGGGAGAGCGAGGUCCGGGACAGUGGGGUGCGACUGUAGUUGUCUCUUGUGGCUAUUUCCCUUUCUUCCGCCGUAUGGGUUCGGUGUUUCUGUUUGCAGGACUAGUUUAUCCAUUGACUGCGGGCUAAUAUCUGAUAUAAGACCUGCCCGUACGAGUACCACU